AUGCUUCAUAUGUGCAUUCUAGAGACUCAGGAGCAUAUAUUUUCAAGAUGCUUAAGAUAUAAUUCACUUAAGAUAAAAUUGCAAGAGCAGCUAAAAAAACUAGGCAUAUAUUCAAAAAAUAGGUUUGUUGAAAGUGGUUUUUAUAUAGAAAUAAAUAUCAAAUUUGCGUGAAGAGGAUAUGGGAGAAUGGAAGAGACUAGACGGUAUGCAGAAAAAUGCAGUGAUUAA